GUCGACAUUCGUAUCAAUCAGUACCUGCAUGGUAAUAUUACAUUUUAUACAAUAGCCGGCCAUAACUGUCCAGUGAAAUGAUUAGUUCGCAACAUUUUGAGCUGAUUUACAUCACCAAGUGUCUCCUGUUCGUGGGUCUGUAUGCUACCAGCGUACCACACAUUGCGUCAGCUAAAUUCACUUUGAGUAACUUGUUCGAUUCCACGCUGUCGAUGAUUCAUCCUCUUGUCAGUGCAGGAUCUGAUCGAUGUGAAACGCUAAAAAGCUUUUUAGGCAUAACAUACGAGCAGAUGCAGGUGAAGAACAAAACGAAUUGGUAUGACGUCCUCAACAUAGACCUGGUCACUAAGAAUGGAAACAUCAAGUACAAUCUAACCGCAACGAGGAGAAUGAAUCGGUUGAUGGCUCGAGCUCAAACCAUAGUCAUACUGAUCCAUGGCUUCAUGGAGAGUUCCAACGGCUGGAUGGUCAAUGCCAUAGCACCAGAACUUCUGAAGAAGUCUAUGUACAAAGUGUUUGCUCUGGAUGGAAGGAAGAUCAUCAAUUUGGAGUACUUCAGUUCGUCUACCAAUGCGAGGUUUAUGGGAGAGAUGCUUGGCAGUUUUUUGGGUGAUGUUAUUAAAAAUGGUGAAGACCCAUCCAAGAUCUACAUCAUAGGACACAGCUUGGGAUCUCAUAUCGCAGGAAUAGCAGGCAAGAAGGUGUUUGAGGUGACUGGCAGGCGGAUUGGUCGAAUCACAGCACUAGACCCAGCUGGGCCUUGCUUCAGUAACAUCAGUGAUAGUGGAAGACUUGCGAGGACUGAUGCGGAAUACGUUGAUGUGAUACAUAGCAAUGCAGGCAUAUUGGGGUUCAAAGCGCCUGUAGGACAUAAAGACUUUUACCCAAACGGAGGUAUCAUCCAGCCUGGUUGCUAUAUUUCUAUAUGUGACCACAGCAGAGCUUGGGAAUUGUUUGCAGAAUCUAUUGCAUCACCUAAACACUUUCCAGCACGUAGAUGUGAAAAUUGGACAAUGUUUGGAGAAGGCCGGUGUUCCAAAAACGAGAUAUCCUACAUGGGCUUGGAGUCAGAUAACAGCAACCCUGGGGUAUACUUCCUCACCACGAAAGACUCUUUGCCCUUUGGUAUGGGUUCCGCAGGCAGUGGAUAGUGUGAACUCUGGAAUAAAGCUUUUAAUACAAA